AUGAAAAUUAUAAACUUAAUUGCUAUUUUACUUUCAAUUUUAAUUGCUUCUCAUGCAACAAUUGCAUGUCAAACUUCUUAUGAUUGUCCAGGACAAUAUUGUGUUUUUACACCAAAAGGAAGUUUAUGUACUGGCUUGGGUAAUUUAAAUACUCUUUGUUCAACCUAUCCAAUUAGCGGCGGUGUUUAUUUCCAAGGACCUCCAUGUGGAUAUAAUUUGACCUGUAAACCCCAUCCAAGAGAAUCUUGCUAUAGCUCAUGUCAAGUAUAA